AUCAAAUUUGAUCAAAGCUCACCGGCUUCGUAUAUCAAAAAAGCUUCAUUAGCUAAUAAACCCUUUCCCCAAGAGACCAAAAGCGAACAAGCACAGAAAAAGAGAACACAGGUCGGGCAACGACGGUUUUACAAAGACCAGACUCUCACCAAGAAUCUAUCAUUGCUUUCUCUAUUAUCUUUUCUAGUUGCUCAGAUUUAUUUAUCCAUGGCCGAUCUGUACGGAACUGCUCCUUCUCCAGCUCCGGAGCCUGAAGAAAUCUCCUCCUUCCUUCACCAACUCCUUCACCAUUCCUCCUCUUCCUCUCCCUCUGCUAAAUUCAUGCACCAUGCUCUCUCUUCUCCUUCUCCCCCGCUGCCGGCGCCGGCGCCGGCGCAGACUAAACCUCCGGCUGAAUUGUUAUUCGGCCACUCCCAAGAUUGCCGAGCAGACGGCGGCAACUCCUGCAUCAAUUUCUCUGAUCCCGGUGGUUAUUUCGCCAAAGAGAGUGCGGAAAAUGCUGUCUCUUCAGUUAUUUCAAAGAGAGGGGUUUCUGAGGAGAAUGAUCUAGGUGGCUUAAGCUGCGAUAGCGAGGGUGCAGAUGUGUCAGAGGUGCCAUCGGAGACGGUGCGGCCUAGAAGCUCCUCGAAGAGAAGCAGAGCUGCAGAGGUUCAUAACUUAUCCGAAAAGAGGAGGAGGAGCAGAAUUAAUGAGAAAAUGAAGGCUUUACAGAAUCUUAUUCCAAAUUCCAAUAAGACCGAUAAGGCUUCAAUGCUGGAUGAGGCAAUCGAAUACUUGAAGCAGCUUCAGCUUCAAGUACAGAUGUUAACAAUGAGAAAUGGAUUAAGUUUGCAUCCCAUGUGCUUACCAGGAGUUCUACCACCUAUGAACCUGCCCAUGACAGGAUUGACCUUUGAUGAGGGAAGUGGACUAUUAGAUACCAAUGCAGCAACAGUUACAUUUUCUGAGAAUGGAGAAAACUCAGCACGUACUGCUCUUAGUCAUCCCAACAGGUGCACUGUAUCAAAUCAGACAAUUGUUCUGCCUUCAGCAACAAACAUCACCUCCUCAGAAACCUCCUAUGGUUUUGAGCCACUUAUUCAGGUUCAUUAUGAACCCUUCAAUCUCUCCACAUCUUCAAAGGAAAUCUGCAGGGAAGGCACAUCACAGGCACCAUUAGAUACAAAUCAAACAGUGAAGACCACUUCAUCCAGUGCGUCCUAGUUGAGAUCUUACCUUAGAUACGGGAUCAACAAAACUGUUUAAUCAAUCUCUUCUUCCCUCUUCCCUCCUCCCUGUUUUCCCCAUGAUUGCCAUAUAAGGUGCAAAUGGUCCAUGAAACUGCUGCUGACAUUUUACACCUAAACAGGUUAAUUAUGUUGUGACAGAUUCAUACAACUGUUCGGAACCAAAGUGUUUGAUAUCCCUUAGAAAUGUUUUGUCCAAAAUCUCUUAAGGUGUUUAUAUCAUUCAGAAAGUAAAGAUGAUCCAGUAGGUUGACAGGCGUGGUUAUUACUGCACUGUCUGAAGUCUGUACUCAAAAGGAGAAAGUAAAGUGGAAGGAUGUAUUGCAAUGCUCGUUUUUUUUAUGUGCA